GAACAAUAUCGUUAGUCAUUCUACCGCUUCAGGGUGACAAGAUGCCGCCUUCCGAAAGGCGGCCUUUCGGAACUUUCGGAAGGCCGACCCCAAAGCCCCCUGCCGCGCCGAAGCUCCCAGACUUCUGCAACCUGGGCGAGGCCGUAACCUUCAUCAUUGGACCCCAAAAGAAGACGUUCUUCAUUCACAAGAAGCUCGCAUGCGAUUACUCCCCGGUCCUCAAGGCAGCUUUUAUUGGCAGCUUCCUUGAGGGCCAGACACAAACCUACACCUUGGAAGACACUACCGAAGAGGGUUUUGGCUUGUUCUGCCAAUGGGUUUACACUCAGAAACUGGAUGGAGAUUUGGGUGGACAGACCAAGUCUGUUCCUGCUUUGUGUCGCGUGUGGGUUCUGGCGGGGAAGCUUCUGAUGCCACGACUGCAGAAUAUCGCUAUUGAUAAGAUCGAGGAACUUCGCCCAAUAGAAAAUACAAUCCACAUCCCAAUCUUCCAGUACGUGUGGGACAAUACUGUGGCCGACAGUCCUCUUCGUCGAAUCUUCAUCAGCCAAUGCGUUUGGACCUUGAACAAAGACGAGUUUCGGACCUCCCUGAGCCUUUUCCCAAAGGAGAUGCUUUCAGAGAUGUGCUACGUGUUUCGAGAUGUCACCAUGAAAGGAACCAAGUUCUCGAUACACAUGGCCGACUUCCAUGUCAAGGAAGACUAGACGAGGCUCCAGAUCAUGUUCCCAAAGUUUCUCAUCAUUAAGGGUGCGUCCUAGGGUGCAAUAGGAAACUGAUACAUUGGAGUAGUGUGUGCAAUGAGGAGCAAAUAACUGAGGGGUAGAUACAGAUGAGUACUCCAGAGAUCCGGAGCUGACCACUGCACCAUUGGGCUUGGAUAUCGAAGGCAAAUAUACCACAGAGAACUGCGACAUCGAGGAGACAAUACAGGAAACGUACCGAUACUUAGAAUGAAAUGCAGGAAAGUAUUCUAUGACAUUGGAACUAGCCAAAAUGCUC